AGAGCGUUGGGGGCGGAAGUGACGAGGAGGUGGUAGUCGGGUAGUUGGCGGGUGGUUGAGUAGAACCGGUCGCCAUGUCCGCGGGGAGCGCGACACAUCCUGGAGCUGGCGGGCGCCGCAGCAAAUGGGACCAACCAGCUCCAGCCCCACUUCUCUUCCUCCCGCCAGCGGCCCCAGGUGGGGAGGUCACCAGCAGUGGGGGAAGUCCUGGGGGCACCACAGCUGCUCCUUCAGGAGCCUUGGAUGCUGCUGCUGCUGUGGCUGCCAAGAUCAAUGCCAUGCUCAUGGCAAAAGGGAAGCUGAAACCAACUCAGAGUGCUUCUGAGAAGCUUCAGGCUCCUGGCAAAGGCCUAACUAACAAUAAAAGCAAGGAUGACCUGGUGGUAGCUGAAGUAGAAAUUAAUGAUGUGCCUCUCACAUGUAGGAAUUUGCUGACUCGAGGACAGACUCAAGACGAGAUCAGCCGACUUAGUGGGGCUGCAGUAUCAACUCGAGGGAGGUUCAUGACAACUGAGGAAAAAGCCAAAGUGGGACCAGGGGAUCGUCCAUUAUAUCUUCAUGUUCAGGGCCAGACACGGGAAUUAGUGGACAGAGCUGUAAACCGGAUCAAAGAAAUUAUCACCAAUGGAGUGGUAAAAGCUGCCACAGGAACAAGUCCAACUUUUAAUGGUGCAACAGUAACUGUCUAUCACCAGCCAGCACCCAUCGCUCAGUUGUCUCCAGCUGUUAGCCAGAAGCCUCCCUUCCAGUCAGGGAUGCAUUAUGUUCAAGAUAAAUUAUUUGUGGGUCUAGAACAUGCUGUACCCACUUUUAAUGUCAAGGAGAAGGUGGAAGGUCCAGGCUGCUCCUAUUUGCAGCACAUUCAGAUUGAAACAGGUGCCAAAGUCUUCCUACGGGGCAAAGGUUCAGGCUGCAUUGAGCCAGCAUCUGGCCGAGAAGCUUUUGAACCUAUGUAUAUUUACAUCAGUCACCCCAAACCAGAAGGCCUGGCUGCCGCCAAGAAGCUUUGUGAGAAUCUUUUGCAAACAGUUCAUGCUGAAUACUCUAGAUUUGUGAAUCAGAUUAAUACUGCUGUACCUUUACCAGGCUAUACACAACCCUCUGCUAUAAGUAGUGUCCCUCCUCAACCACCAUAUUAUCCAUCCAAUGGCUAUCAGUCUGGUUACCCUGUUGUUCCCCCUCCUCAGCAGCCAGUUCAACCUCCCUACGGAGUACCAAGCAUAGUGCCACCAGCUGUUUCAUUAGCACCUGGAGUCUUGCCGGCAUUACCUACUGGAGUCCCACCUGUGCCAACACAAUACCCGAUAACACAAGUGCAGCCUCCAGCUAGCACUGGACAGAGUCCGAUGGGUGGUCCUUUUAUUCCUGCUGCUCCUGUCAAAACUGCCUUGCCUGCUGGCCCCCAGCCCCAGCCCCAGCCCCAGCCCCCACUCCCAAGUCAGCCCCAGGCACAGAAGAGACGAUUCACAGAGGAGCUACCAGAUGAACGGGAAUCUGGACUGCUUGGAUACCAGGUACAGGCUUCUCCAGUCAGAAUGAGAUUGAAGGUGCAGGAUCGAAGCCAGCAAGUUCCUCAGGCAAAGAGAGAGAGAGGGACAGGCAGUUGAUGCCUCCACCAGCCUUUCCAGUGACUGGAAUAAAAACAGAGUCCGAUGAAAGGAAUGGGUCUGGGACCUUAACAGGGAGCCAUGGUGAGUGUGGUGUAGCUGGGGGAACAGGGGAGUGACUAACUAAGGCUGGUCUAAAACUAUUAGUUUUCUCAGCCGGGCGCGGUGGCUCACGCCUGUAAUCCCAGCACUUUGGGAGGCCAAGAUGGGCGGAUAACCUGAGGUCAGGAGUUUGAGACCAGCGUGGCUAACACGGUGAAACCUCGUCUCUACUAAAAAUAGAAAAAUUAAGCUGGGCAUGGUGGUGCAUGCCUGUAAUUCCAGCGACUUGGAAGGCUGAGGCAGGAGAAUCGCUUGAACUUGGGAGGUGGAGGUUGCAGUGAGCCGAGAUCACACCACUGCAUUCCAGCCUGGGCAAUAGCGUGAGACUCUGUCUCAAAGAAAGAAAGAAAAUAGUUUCUAAAAAAUUGUAUACAGACAACCUUUUAUUUCCAACAAACGUGUGUCGAGAGAGAGAAAAUAGUUUAAAAAAAUUGUAUACAGACAACCUUUCCUUUCCAACCAACGUGUGUGGAGAGAAAAUAGUUUUAAAAAAAAUUGUAUACAGACAGCCUUUCAUUUCCAACCAACGUGUGUCGAGACAGAGAAAAUAGUUUUAAAAAAAUUGUAUAUAGACAACCUUUUGUUUCCAACCAACGUAUACCUAGAAAAGAGUUAAUCGACUUAUUUUAUACAUAGCACCAGUGAAUACUAAUGAGUGGUAGGUCAUUUCAAAAUCCUGUUGCCUAUGUUGUGUGAAUACCAGGAGGUCAUCUGAUACGGACUUAAUAAAGGUUGAUUUUGCUUUAUAUUGGGAGCUGAGCCACACCUCCCCUUAUAGCUCUAUUUGGUCAGUUUGUGGCUGUUAGGAAAAUGUUGCUUUUUAGCAUUCCAGAACUCUAAAUCCUGUAGAGGUACAUGGGAUAUUUUGUUCUUUGCCUGUACUCAUAAAAAUGAACAGAAGAAAAUACGUUUUUUUCUUUUCUUAACUUCUUUUCUUUUAACUCUUUAAAAGGUGAAAUAUCAGCCCUCAAGAGACUCACUUGCUAACUUUCCUUUUUUUCUUUUUUUUCUUUUUUUUGUGUUUCUUUUUUCUUUCUCUGUUUUCUUACAUGGUUCUGGUGGAUUCACAUUUGCUGAUGCUGGUGCUGUUUUUCGUGUGAUCUUCAACGUUUUUGGGUGACCAUUGACCCUGUGACCUCAAAAUGGUGUCCAACUAACCACUUAAAAUUAACAUCUUUUUUUUUAAUUAACGAAUUUAUGGUAUUUUUUUUUUUCCCUUGGUGGGGAUGGGGUUGGGGUUGUUUUUCUCUAUUCUAGAUUAUCCAGCCAAGAAGAUGAAAACUACAGAGAAGGGAUUUGGCUUGGUGGCUUAUGCUGCAGAUUCAUCUGAUGAAGAGGAGGAACAUGGAGGUCAUAAAAAUGCAAGUAGUUUUCCACAGGGCUGGAGUUUGGGAUACCAAUAUCCUUCAUCACAACCACGAGCUAAACAACAGAUGCCAUUCUGGAUGGCUCCCUAGGAAACAGUGGAACAGAGUUUUGACCCUCAGUGACUCUUCUUAGCAAUAAUGCAUGCAUUUGAUUUAACAAGACUCUGGGGCCUGUGCUGGGAACCAUCUUGGACCUUUGCAGAAGUUAGAGAUUCAGUACCCCCCUUUCUUAAAGGGGUUCCUUAAUAACAACAACAAAAAUCCUUAUUUCUGCGGUGGCAUAGAAUCUGUUAAAAUUUAAUUAGAAUCACAAAUUUAUCUCAGAGGCUUUUUAACAGUUGGUGAAAUGUGCUUGUCCAACAAAGCAUCCUAACAGGGUUGUUCCCAUACACAUUUGACCUGGUCAGCCUUUUCCAAAUGAAUAGCCCCAAUUCUGACAUAAAGGAAGUUUUAUUUGUAUUUUACUACUGUUUGGUCAAUUUUGAUAUAUAACUGGUUACAAACAGGGCCUUACUAUUUAUUAGUGGGGAAAUGAUUUUAAGACCGUCCUUUUCAGUAUUUAAUUCUGAUAGAUCUGCAUCCCUGUUUCGUUUUGGAUUAUUUCUGUUUUGGAAAAUGCUGUCUCAUUUAAAACUGUUGGAUAUAGCUGGAUCCUGGAUAGGAAAAUGAAGUUAUUUUUUCAUUGUGUUUUUUAACUGGGGUGAUCCAAAGCUGGCACCUUCAGGCACAUUGGUCUCAUAGCCAUUACUGUUUUUAUUGCCCUUCUAAGAUCCUGUCUUCAGCUGGGUCAGAGAAAACUUCUUGACUAAAACUGGUCAGAACUCAUCACAGAAAUGAAAUACAGUGGUCUCUCUCUCCCAGAACUGGUUGCAGCUAAAAUAGAGAGAUCUGACUGCUGGCUAUAGGAUUUUGGACUUAAUGACUGAAAUUGCAACUUGUCCUUUUUCUUGGCAUUACAGGUUUUGCCAAAAGAACUUUUUUUGUAUCAAAUAUUGAUGUGUGAAAGUGAAGGAGCUAGUCUGCUGAACCAGGAAUAGUUUGAGAUAUUGAACUGUCAUUUUUGCACAUUUGAAUACUUUGCAGGCUGGCUUUGUAUAAACUUAUCCUCUGGUUUCCUAUAUGUUGUAAAUAUUUAGACCAUAAUUUCAUUAUAAAUAAAUCUAUAAAUACUC